AUAGAGGAGAGUGUGAGAGAAAGAGAGGUGUGGUGUUUUUAAGGCUAAAUCUCUCUAUCCAUUCCUAAAUAAAGAAAGCCCAAACGCCUCGAAAAGGUACACAUGUACUCGUGUUGAGCUCUGGUUUUUUGGCCGCGCCUCUCUCUCUCUCAAUCUUUCUUUCUCCCUCUAGCUCUCAGUUGGUGCGCGGUCAUUCAUUGAUCGAUUUGCGAGGCCAAAUGCAUAACCGCCAUUGAAGAGAGGAACCUUCUUCGAUUGGCUUCACGGUAAUGAUCCAAGAACCCUCUGAAAAGUUCUAGGGUUUCAUUUGGCUCGAAACAGGUGGCGCGGCCAUGGGUGGCUCCUUGCCCGCGUAGCCAUGGCGCCCUCUUCCCGAGAUUUCUCUAUUUUCUCCCGCAACUACUCCUUGGAGCUCCUGGGUUAACUUUCAGGUGCUUUUGGUACGAAGAAUUGAUUUUCUGACGACCUUCUAUACCGGAAUCAUAUGUUCUCAUAAUCGCAGGAUUCAAUCAGGAGAUGAAUCAUUGUGUUCCCGACUGGGACAUGGAGGACGACCCCCUUCCGUCCUCAUCAGAUUUCCAGCCCUCUUCAGGCCACCUCAAGAAGCCCUCUGCACCUUCUGAGGACGAGUUAGUUGAGCUGGUAUGGCAAGACGGCCAGGUCAUGAUGCAGAAGACCUCUCGGCGGGCCCCACCAAUGGCUGGAAAACCGGAAACAAUUGUGAGAAGAGCGGAAGCCAUUGCUGGAAACUCUGGUUUUCCAGCGGAGCCAUUGCUGGAAAACCCGCUAUUCAUCCAAGAGGACGAGAUGGCAGCUUGGCUCCAUUGCUCACCAUUGGAUGACUUUUGCUCUGAGCUUUUCACAGGUAAUGUCCCUCAAGAAAAGACCAAGGACCAUCAUGGUUCUUCACAUGCGGAGAACUCAGGCUUUGGGGAGGGCAAAAGGGUCACACAAUUCUCGCAGUUUUUGCGGCGGGAUGCGGUGACAGGGGCUGUGGGAUCGGUGUGUGGGGGGGAAUCCACAGUGGUCGAUUCAAAUGAUACAGUGACUGCAGCAGCAGCAACGGCACCGGUGAUAGGGUCAGGGAAGUGGUCCCAGCUGCAAGUAGGCAGCAGCUGCCUAGAGAUGCAGGCGGCAUGCGAGGCCACAUCUUCGGGGGGUUCAGGGGCAGCUGGCGGCGGUAGUGAGUGUAGGAAGAGGAAGGGGCGUGAAGGUGACGAGGCUGAGUGCCAGAGCGAGGAUGUUGAGUCGUUUGAUGGGAAGAAGGCUUCACAACGAUCUGCAACAGCUCGAAGAACUCGUGCCGCAGAGGUUCAUAAUCUCUCGGAAAGGAGGAGGCGGGACAGGAUCAAUGAGCGGAUGAGAGCCCUGCAGGAGCUCAUACCUCAUUGUAACAAGUCGGAUAAAGCCUCAAUGCUUGAUGAGGCAAUCGAGUACCUGAAGACACUUCAGUUACAAGUGCAGAUGAUGUCUAUGGGCUGUGCAAUGCCACCUAUGAUGCUCCCUGGAAUCCAACAAUAUGUGACACCUAUGGGUAUGGGGAUGGGGGUGGGUAUGGGCAUGGGGAUGGGUAUGGAGAUGGCAGCCGCUGGUUUGAGCCGACCUCUUAUGCCAUUCUCUCCCAUGCAUACACAUCCACAUGCGCCCAUCCUUCCAGUCAUGCAUGGACAUGGUGCAUCAGGGCAUUCAAGUUCGAGGCUUCCUCUACCUCCGCUACGUGUGUCUGCUACCCAAGUUGCUGAUACACCUUCUCAUCAAGCAAGCAACCUGCCAAUCCCACAUCCCCAAGAGGUCGGUCCUAGCCAUGUUGGUCAACAGAACCAAACGCCCCAUAACUCCAAUUUUCUUGAUGCUCCUUAUCCUUACUACAUGGGCUUUCAUCCUAUGCAAAUGCCUCCUCAGGCAAUGAACAUACUACCUUAUAGUAGUAACACCCAUAUCAUGCAGCAAAACCAGCCACCUUCCCAGUCAAACCCCAGCGCAAUAGCUGAGACGUCUAACAAUGCCAAAUCAGGUUGAAGCUGGUGGGUUCGCUUGGGAAAAGCAGCCCCCUGCUAAUUUUGUAGAGAGAGAGACACAAUUUUCCCCUCUUGUAUUGAGCCACCGUAUAGCGACACUUCGGCAGCUUGUAAUUAUUACAAUUUCUUCCCUUUUUAAAAUUAUUAGGUUCUUGUUUUGAGUGGAUAUUUCGCCUUCUCUAACCAAAGAAGAAAGAAAGAGGGAAAGAAAAUAAAAGGUAAAGGUAUGAAUUAUUUAUUUAUUUAUUUUUACAAGAGUGAAAAUUGUGGGGACUACUUGGGGCAUGUGGUUUUGGGGGGAGAUGUUGAAAUAGCGGGUGUGAAUCUUGUAAAUGUGGUGGUGGAUGUGGGGAGAGCCGUUGGCUCCUACCUUUUGUAGGGUGCAAGCAUAUAUCUGUAUAGGUAGUGAUAUGAAUAGGAAGCAAGGUGGGGUCUGUCUCUUCUUCUAUCUAAAGGCUCUUUAACCGGAGGUGAACUCGUAUUGUAUAUUAUGAGACAAUUUAUUUUUGGUAUAAAGAGGUCACAAUCAUUUUUAGUCAUUAGAUGUGAAGAUGACAGUGUAUUACGACAUUUGAGAAAUUUAAUUUUUGAAUUUGUACCUAAAUAACAAUACAUCUUCAACUAUUUGAUUCCAAAUUUAAUGGGUAAUGGUAAUUGUGACUUUUUUGUAUCAAAAGUAAAUAGUUUUGUUGUA